AUGUUCAAGCGAAUCUUUGGAGAGCACGGCGCAAAGAACGUCGUAACUCUGUUCCACGCGCCCUCGAACCAAGCUUCCACCCGCGUCCUCACUCUUCUCAAACAAGCCAACGCACAAUCUGUUGCGCACGCGACUGAAGACCAGGCCAGCUCGCAUAAAGCGCAGGACAAAGCCGAGCGCACCGAGUUCGAGCUCGAUGUCACAGAGGCCCCACCGACAACCGACCAGCUCAAGAACAUCCUGGAUUACUUGGGCGGACCAGGCGCAGCAGGCAAGGUGAUCAGCGGAGCAGAGAAUGAGACUGAUGCCAUGAGGAGGUUGAAGGCGGAUGGAGGGGCGUUUCAAAGACCGCUCGUCGUGGACUGGAACCAAGGAAAAGCUGUCGCUGGAGAGAAUGAGAGCGAGAUCAUGAAGCUGAUACGCUCGAUACCAAAGGAGACGGAGAAAGUGUAG